AUGCGCCUCGCCUACUUCCUUGCUGCGGUUAUCGCGACGACUCUCCAUGUUAGCAGCUCCGCACUUCUUACCGAAAAGAGGCCCAAUCAGCUUACCCUCGAGAAUGUGAAAUCACCUGGUGUUGUUGAAACAACCAACCCGGAUGGCGAACGGCUUUUGCGUCGGGUUAGCAAUGCUGAUGCAGACGAAGCCAAGGUGGAUAAAGAAGAGAGAUCCUUGAAAAAUUGGCUGAGCAAACAGGUUCCGUUUACAAAGGGCUGGAAACAGGCAAGAGAGACUGAAAAGGUGAAGAAGGCGGCAAAAGCAAAACAGAAACGGCUUAACAAAAUGAGACACGCGCAGGGUAAGCCGGAGAUCUAUAGGGCGUAA